AUGUUUGCUGAGCGUCUUGUACAAAGUGUUCACCAGGAUCAUUACACACGCAUAUCUAGGACGCCGGAUGAAGCUCAACCCCGAAAACAAGUUGGAUUCCAUCAAGAGUUUACCUUCAUGGACCACAUCCAGACGGUGUCGAGGGUCAUAGAGGCGCUGGUCGAUGAAGGCACUUACAACACAGUCGCUGACACCAUUUCUUCACUUGAUAACAUAUAUUUGCUUUGUGGUUGCACAGUACGUGGAAUCAAGCAUCAUCACGGAGAUAAUUAUGUUUAUGCCAACAGGAAUUCUUUCCAUCGUCACUCCGAUCAUCAACAUCUACUAUAUUCGACCAUACUGCGAAGCGUUCAAACGAUGUCUACUAUGCCGCCCGAAGCUGACUGA